UCGGAGGCGUUGCGCAUCGCCGCCGCCGAGCGCUUCCGCUCCACUUCGGACCCCCUCCUCGCAGCCCCCCGCCCCCCGAACCGGAGCCCCCCGAACCGGAGCCCCCCGGCCGAGCGCAAGCAACAGCGGAUGCUCUCCGCUUGGCGAAGCGACACUGCGGCGAGCCGAUCGAAUCCUCCUCCGCCUCCUCUAUCUCCUCCUCUCGGAUCCCCCAAAGCACGGAGCCCGUGUUCGAUGCCACAUCUGCACCGGAGGAUGUCUUUCUUCUUCUUCUUGGGAUAAACUCGCCUCCGCACGCAACCCGGACCCUGAGACUCCAUCGUCGGCAGUAAAAAAAAAAAAAAAAAAGCCACUUUAUUGGUCACAGACAUCGCCUCGACUUGGUGGGAAUCGAGCCUGGAGCAUCUUCGGAGCAGCCCGGGUGCAAAGACGAAUGGUUCCGGCAUGGUGCCCACGCCCCAGGUGUGCGUCUCCACCCUGGUCACGGUGAGCACCAUGGCGGUGGUGGACCUCUACCUGCUGGAGCAGAGCAUGCUGGGGCCUCGCGGGGCCCCGGGCCCGAGCGCGUGGCAGUGCGUGGCCGUGUUGCUGGGCGACCUGGGCUUCCUCCUGGCGCUGCGCUUCGUGUCGGCCGGCGUGGUGUCGGAGGCGCGCUCGUCCCGGCGAGGCUUCGCCAACGCCCUGUGGUUCCUCUUCCUGUCGCUGCUGCAGCUCAAGCUCUUCUUCGUGUGCCACAACUACAGGCAGGAGCGGCGGCCGCCCGACCCGCUCGCCAGGAAGGUCCUGACGCUUCUGCUGUCCAUCUGCCUGCCGUCGCUGUUUCUCAUCCUCACAGGCGCCGACUACAUGACGCCGCAACGCAGGAAACAGGAAGUGCGGGGACGGCUGCUGUGGGUGGUGGUGGACCUUCUGGACGUGCUGGAUCUGCAGGCCGGCCUGUGGGAGGCCCAAGGCGGGGCUCCGGGGCCGAAGCUGCCCAUUUGGGCGGAAGGCUUGGUCUUCUUUUACUGCUACGCCCUCCUGCUGCUGCUGCCGUGCGUGGCGCUGACGGAACUGGGGGCCACGGGUCUUCCGGGGCAGCGGGGGCCCCGUAAGGAGGCCUUGUACCCGUGGCUCAGCCUGGUCACUAUCAACAUCUUCACCCUGGGACUGAGGGGGGCGGGCAUGCUGUGGUACAGGGACCCCCGAGUGUCCACCGUGUUCCUGGGGAAGAACCUGCUGGCGCUGGCCGUGAAGCUGACCUCGGCCUGGGGGAGACACAAGCAGGAGCGCGGUCCCGGCGGGGCCGGGGCGGCGGCCGGAGCCGAACCCAAAGAGUCGACAACGCCGAGCCGGAGCUCGGAGCGGGGGGAGGGCCAGUCCCAAGGGGGCGUGGCCUCCUCUCACUAUCACACACUGUCGUGCUCGCAAAGCCACGCCCUCGCCCACGUCAGCCCCGGGCACACGGAAGCACCCUUGGCUCAGUCCUUCAUCUCCCAUGAACUCUAGACUCCAACGCGGGCACAAAAACACCGGAUGCAGAUCUAUGCACACCCACUGCAAAAAAAAAAAAACUCGGAUUUUGUUUUCUUGUACGACUUGGCGUCAUGGCGUGUUGAUGGGCGUUAAAGGAAACCUCAUUCCCAAUCCUGAUGUGACACGUGAACACACAAGCGAGGAAAAACAGUUAGCAUGAGGGAGCUAACAAAGCACAUCGCGGGUCUAAUUAUGAAGCCCACCAGGAAGGUUGACGGUAACGUAACGUGCUAGCAUGGAUGGUUUAUGGUAAUGGUAAUGGUAAUGGUUUAAUUCCAUUUAAACAUGCAUCAGAUUCCAAUUGAGUGCAUCCCAUAAUCAGUUCCCAGUUCCACAUGUCAAAAAGGAGUAGGAAGAAGCAAAGCUUAUUAAAUCCUACCCCUCCAUCUGGUACUUUUACAAUCACUAACUGUUACAUUUGUUCACUUCCUGCUUUCCUAAUAUCAUAAAAAAAAAAUUUUAAUUAAUUUUAAUUUUUACAAAACAGUCACUGUUACAUUUGUUCACUUCCUGCUUUCCUAAUAUAAAUUUAAGUUUUUUUAAAUUAAUUUUAAAAUUGUUUAAAUUUAAAUUUAAAUUUUUACAAUCAAAACUGUUACAUUUGUUCACUUCCUGCUUUCUUAAUAUCAUUUAAUUUUUUAAACUAAUUUUAAUUUUACUUUUUACAAUCAGUAACUGUUAUUUGUUCACUUCCUGCUUUCCUAAUAUAAUUUAAGUGUAUUUUAAUUAAUUUAACAUUUUUUUUAAUUUUAAUUAAAAUUUUUACAAUCAGUAAAUUGUUACAUUUGUUCACUUCCUGCUUUCCUAAUAUCAUUUAAUUUUUUUAAAUUAAUUUUAAUCUUAACAAUCAACUGUUACAUUUGUUCACUUCCUGCUUUCCUAAUAUCAUUUAAGUUUUUUUAAUACAUUUUUUUAAAUUUUAAUUUUUACAAUCAGUAACUGUUAGAUUUGUUCACUUCCUGCUUUCCUAAUAUAAUUUAAGUUUUUUUAAUUAAUUUAAAAAAUAAUUUUAAUUAAAAUUUUUACAAUCAGUAACUGUUCCGUUUGUUCACUUCCUGCUUUCCUAAUAUCAUUUAAGUUUUUUUAAUUAAUUUUAAUUUUAACAAUCAAUAACUGUUACAUUUGUUCACUUCCUGCUUUCCUAAUAUCAUGUAAGUUUUUUUAAUACAUUUUUAAAAAUUUAAAUUUUUACAAUCAGUAACUUACAUUUGUUCACUUCCUGCUUUCCUAAUAUCAUUUAAGUUUUUUUUAAAUUAAUUUAAAAAAUUAUUUAAUUUUAACAAUCAAUAACUGUUACAUUCGGAGCUUGGUUCAUACGGAGGUCACAGUAUGUAAAUACAACGUGGCGUAAUUAUGACACGCGUCGUUAGCUCCCACAUGCUAGCUGUUUUUCUGUCUUUAUAGCACAGAGAAAGGAAAGACGUGUGGUCAUGUUUCACAUCUGAAGGUUCCUAACUUGGGAUUAUUCCCGGGAAUGUACGUAUGUGUCUUUGUGUUUUAUAGUGCCGGUUGUAUCGUCCGUCCUGCAUUUGUAGCUUUCAAUUCUUUUUCAAGACCAAGAGUCAAGUCAUCGUGUGGCGUUGAGGCUGCAAUUAACUUAUUUGUACAUCUUUAAAAAAAAAAACAAAA